UAGAGAGCUAAAAGGAAAUGUCAUGAGAGCUGGGAUAAAGAGACAGUGCUAGUCUGAAAUGUGUAAACAAUAGUGACUGUUACUUAUUACAGUGUGAUAUAAGGAAUGCAUGAUGUACAGCUCUAAAAAAAGGUUACCCUCCCCGUGGAGACUCGUGGUCAUGUUGACACUCACUAUCUCACUUUUUCAGACAGUAAUCUGUAUGCAGAUGGCUCCGGGUUUGUGCUCAUCACCAUGGCAAUGGAGCUGGAAUAUGUAUUCGUAUGCCGACUGCAUGGGGAGGACAACAGAAAGGAAGCUAAGCGUCACUGUCUGUGAGCAGUACUGCCUUCUGUGCAUCUUCUCUUUCCAAAUGACUUGAUGGGUCAGAUAUUUUAUAGCCAACAAGCUGUGCAUCAUGCGCGGCGAACAACAGAAGUGGAUGGAAUAAUGGAAAUCUGCCCCAAUAAGGCAUCACCCACAGACGGUCUAUGGCAUCAGCACUGACUGUGGGUUAACCCAGACAAGCACACCUCCCCCUUUGUCACAUCCCCUCUUCUGCCCAACCCCCCCUUCACACCCCCAGCUUGCUUCUAUUUACCUCUCUCCUAAUCCCCAGCAUCUCUCUCUCUCUCCCUAGCUCUCUCUGUCUCUGUCUCUCUCUCUCUCUCCCUCUCGUUCUCUCUCUCUCUCUCACUCCACUCUAUCCUCCUCCUUCACGCUCAGAGCGAGCAGGCUGCCACACGACCCACACUGCCUGCUAUGUGAUCUCUUGGAAAACAGCGUUUCGUGUCUUUCUGUGUCUUCCGUGUCUUUCGUGUCUUUCAUCAUCUCUUUGAUGAUGCUGAACCCGUAUUUACAUUGUGAUCUAACAGGCGAGGAAAGAUGCCUUCGCAACAAUCCUGACUCCUUUCUCUUCCUUAUGCUCCCCCCUCCCUUCACCUCAUCUUCUUCCCCCUGACCCUUCUCUGUCUCCCCUCUCCUUUGACCCUUUCCAAACCUCCCUUUCCUUAAACCCCCUGUUCUCCCUUUCACCUCUCACCCCCUUGACAAUGUUCUCAUGUGUUCGCUGGCUUCAGCCUUUCCUUGCCUUGCUCUCCUCUGCCUUGGUCACUUGGGGUCAAAGCUGUCCAUCCAGCUGCAUGUGUCCAGAUCAUCACACCGUGGACUGCACCGGUCGAGGACUCACCCGUUUACCAGACUCCUUCCCCCUGGACACACGGAGGCUCAUUUUGUCCAAUAACUGGAUACCUGGGAUCCCCUCAGAUUUCUUAGUUCUCUACAGUGAUCUGGUGUACCUGGACCUGCGGAAUAACUCUCUGACCAGGCUGGAGCCAGGGACACUGACCAGCUCCUCCAGGCUCGUCUACUUGGACCUGGGAAGCAACAACUUUACAGAGAUCCCCUCGGGGACUUUUGGAGAGUCGCGCAGCCUGAUCAAGCUUCGUCUGGGUAACAACCCCUAUCUGAGCAUGGUGAGCGAGGGUGCCUUUUCAGGCCUCACCUCCUUACGAGAGCUGGAGCUGGAGAAGAAUGGCCUCUCUGGCCUGGAUGUCAGAGUGCUGAGCCAGCUGCCUUCCUUGAGAGUAAUACGUCUGGAGGGGAACCCCUGGGUGUGCAAUUGUCAUUUUGCCAAAUUGUUUUUCUGGCUGAAUGAAAAUCGUCACAAGCUCUCAACUGGACUGGAGGGAAUGGAGUGCUCACUUCCAAUGGACGGAAGACAGAUCUCUCUAAAUAUGCUUUCUGAGGAGAGCUUCCGGGAAUGUUGGGGAGUACUGUCUAUUAAAGACUAUCUGAUUGUCAUUUUCUCUGGGAUCUGUAUGUCAGUAGCUGCCAUUAUUACCAGCUUCUUUUUGGCCUCCAUCAUCCACUGCUUCCAGCGGCUUAAAGCCAAGAGGACAGAUGAGGAGGAGGGGGACGAGUGAGCUUCAGCUAUGCUUCAGAGCCUUGUCCUUGACAGAUUCACUACUACUGCACCUCAGUUUGGAUGACGGAUGGAGAGCCAUGUGUCCAUAUAAAAAGUCCCUAGAUUAAUAUAUUGGAGAGACUAAGGUGAGGCUGAAUAAGCCACCAUAUGCCCAGUGACUCACAACCUCUCUGGAUGAUGCAAAAUGUCGGAGCACUUUUAUACUUGAAUACAAAUUACUCAACGAAGCCUUAAAAUGUAAACUGUUCUAGUAACAACACUGCAUAAAUGUGUUCCAGGUACCUGUAUUCAGGCUGUUAAUUACUGAGGUACUGAGCAAAAUCAUUCAUAGCAUAUUGUCACGGAUUUGCGAUUUUUAUGUAAAUCAGCAAGGUAAUGAACAGUUUCUGUUAUUUUUUUGCUAAUGUGGAAUUGAAUCUCACUGAAAACUAGUAAAGUUUGUGAACUUGCACUUUAAGAUAGAUGAUAUAUUGCACAUAAUCCCAGUAAGCCAUAAAGUAGGCUGUCAUAUUGACUCAGGUCACCAAAGAAUUUCCUAGAAAUGAGUAUUUUGUUACUGAGACUGGAAUGGGUGGGUGAGAGAUUGAGAUAUGCAUACUAAAGCUCUAAUCACUGAUGUCGACAGAAAUUUACAAAUUGCUCACAACUGCUUAGAUAUCAUGCUUCCCAUUUACAAGAUGAUGUACUUAUAUUUCAAGUGUGACCAGGGGACAACCAGCAAUUUAGGCAAAAUGUUGAGAAUGAAACUAUGAAAUCAAAUGUAUUGCAACAUUUUCCUUUUUUUUUUUACUUUGUGUACAAUGAAAUAAAUGGUGACGCCAAACUGUUAAACAAUUUAAA